AUGCAAGAGAGACAGCAUAUAAAAGACACGGCAAUUUUUCUUCGCCAUCUUGUUCUAUUAUAGCUGCUGUGACUGCCGUUGGUUGGUCUUGAAGACGAGGACAUGGCCGCCGGAAUUCUGGCAGCAAAGGCUUUGCUUCUGCUGGGGCUGGUAGCAGGUGCUCAGAGCCAGCAGUGCUCUUCCAUCACCAUACUAAAUGAGAGUGGAGGCUCUUACAGAGCUAGGUUUUCAGCAACAGCCUCAACGUCAUUCACUGGACUGAACCUCGAACUUAGGUUUGAUAAUGCGGUCAAUCGCCUGGAGUUUGACAGUGGAGCCUCGGAGAAGAUGGACGACCACCGCUUCAGGUUGCUCUCUCCAGGGUGGGUAGCCCAACCAGGAUGGAAGGUGGAAUUCACUAUCACACCUCAUUACAGUGGCGGGAAAUCCACUGUGGUUGGGGCAGUCAUGAAUGGAGUAGAUGUGUGCGGUAAUAAGUAGACCCAACACCGGUUCAACCACAUGAAAGCUAUCCAGGAGAUGGUUCUUUGUGCAAUUCUACCUUUCUGUAUUUUAAAAAUGAAUUACAAGAAUACUGCCAAA